AUGGCAGAUACUGCAGUAUCGUUUGUUUUGGACCAGAUUUACCAACUUGUAAAAGAAGAAGGAAGUUUGCUGAAAGGCCUUGGAAAUGACUUUUCAGACAUCAAACACGAAUUAGAGAACAUCAAAGCCUUCCUAAAGGAUGCACAUAGAAGAGCUGGAGAUGAAGGAGAAGACAACAAUGAAGGAAUAAAAACAUGGGUGAAGCAGGUGAGAGAAGUCUCUUUUUGCAUAGAAGAUGUCAUUGAUGAAUACAUCAUGGAUGUGGCACCUAGGGUCAACCAUCAUCCACCAUGCAUAGCCUCACUCCAAAAGAUUGCUCACCAAAUCAAAACCUUGAAGUCACGGCAUAGGAUUGCAUCUGAGAUUAAAGAUAUCAAGUCAGAAGUUCAAGGAAUCAAGGAAAGAAGUGAAAGGUAUUUUCAAUCUUCAUCUGAAGAUGGAGAAUCAAGCAAUCGUAGAGGGGCAAAAGAUUUCAAGUGGGGUGAUCCGAGAAUGGCCGCACAUUUCAUUGAAGAAACUGAAGUGGUGGGAUUCGAACUCCCAAGAGAUGAAUUGAUUGGUUGCUUAAUAAAAGGAACCAACCAACGCUCAUUGAUUUCUGUGGUAGGCAUGGGAGGACUUGGAAAAACCACUCUUGCUAAACACGUUUUUAAUAAUCAAUUAGUGAAAAAACACUUUCAUUGUCGUUCUUUUAUCACAGUUUCUCAAUCAUACACUGUGAGGGGGCUAUUGAUAGAUAUGAUACAGAAAUUCUGCAAGGACGCCAAUGAGCCUAUUCCGAAAGGGCUGCAUGAGAUGGAUGAUAACACAUUAAUAACAGAAGUGAGACAAUACCUUCAGACAAAGAGGUAUUUGGUAUUGUUUGAUGAUGUCUGGAAAGAAAACUUCUCGGAUGAUAUUGAGCAUGCCUUGCCUAAUAACAAAGAAGGAAGUAGAAUCAUAAUCACCACUAGAAUGAUGCCUGUUGCAGAGUAUUUUAAGAAAUCAGCUGCUGUUCAUGUUCACCAACUACAACAUUUGUCUCCAAACAAAGCAUGGGAACUCUUCUGCAAGAAGGCAUUUAGAUUUGAGCCUACAGAGCAAUGUCCGACGGAUCUUGAGGAUAUGUCGCAGGAAAUUGUUCAAAAAUGUGGAGGGCUACCGCUAGCAAUUGUUUCUAUUGGUGGUCUUUUGUCAACAAAAGAAAAGACCAUGUUUGAAUGGAGAAAUGUAUGUCAGAAUCUUAGAAUGGAGUUAGAGCGCAAUGCACAUUUAACUAGUAUAACAAAGAUUUUAUCUCUUAGUUAUGACGAUCUUCCUCACAAUUUGAAAUCAUGCAUGUUGUAUUUUGGAAUUUAUCCGGAGGACUACUCCAUCAAUCGGAAGAGAUUGACCAGACAAUGGAUGGCUGAAGGGUUCGUAAAAAAUGAGAAGACAAGACCUAUGGAGGAGGUUGCUGAAGAGUACUUGACACAGUUAAUACAUAGAAGCUUGAUUCAAGUCUCCAGAGUUGGCUUUGAUGGUAAAGUUAAAAGUUGUCAAGUCCAUGAUUUAAUGCGUGAAGUCAUCAUUAGAAAAAUGAAAGAGUUGAGUUUUUGCCACUUAAUGCAGGAAGAUGAUGAACUAGACACAGUUGGAAUAACUAGGCGCUUUUCUAUAGCAUCUUGUUCCAACAAUGUGUUAAGAAGCAUUAGUAAGUUGGGCAUUCGUGCUAUUUAUGUUUUUAGCAAAAGUGAGUUGCCCAAAGAUUUUGUGGGUAGAUUAUCUUCCAAGUUCAAGCUUUUGAAAGUUCUAGAUUUUCAAAGCACUUUGUUGAAUUAUGUUCCUAAUAAUUUGGGAAAUCUCUUCCACCUGAGGUACUUAAACUUGAGUCAUACAAAAGUAGAAGUUCUUCCUAGAUCCAUUGGUAAGUUGCUGAACUUGGAAACCUUGGAUCUAAGACAAACACACGUGCAUGUGCUACCAAGAGAGAUAAACAACCUCACAAAGCUACGACUUCUUCCAGUCUACUAUAGAAAAUAUGAAGGACAGUACUCUAUGUUGAAUUUCACAAUUGGGGUGAAAAUGCAUAAGGGUAUUGGAUGCUUGAAAUCCUUACAAAAGCUUUACUUUUUGGAGGCUGAGCAUGGUGGAUUAGACCUUAUGCAGGAGCUCAAGAUGUUGAAACAGUUAAGGAAGUUAGGUAUAAGGCAGGUGAAAACAGAAUAUGCAAAUGCCCUAUCUAGCGCAAUAGGGGAGAUGACCCACCUUGAAUCUCUCAAUGUUGGUGCUAAAGCUGAGAAUGAAAUCAUUGACUUGAAUUUUGUAUCAACUCCACCCCACCUUCGAGUGUUGAAUUUGAAAGCUCGAGUUACAAAGUUCCCUGAAUGGAUUCCGAAACUUAAUUAUCUUGUUAAGUUAAGGAUUGGUUUAUUUAAUUUGGAACAAGAUCCACUAGACUCACUGAAAGAUUUGCCAAAUCUGUUGCGGCUCAAUAUGUGGGAUGAUGCGUAUGUCGGUGAAAGUUUGCAUUUUAAAAGAGGAGGUUUUCCAAGGUUGAAGGAACUGGAUCUCACUCGACUAAGCAAAUUAAGUUCUAUUUCCAUAGAUGAAGGAGCUUUGCUUCGUCUUGAACACUUCAGAUUUAAAGAUAACCCUCAAAUGAAGGUGGUACCUCAUGACCUCAAACACUUGAAAAGCCUUCAAUUUCUUGGCUUUGCUGAUAUGCCAGCUGAAUUAGUAGAAAGCAUUGAUCCAGCAAAAGGUGGACAAGAUCACUCGGUUAUCAAGCAUAUUCCCCUUGUCCUCAUUCGUCAGAACGUGGGACCAAAAUUCCAUGACUAUGAGUUGCGCCCUAUUCCCACAUAG